UCCACCCUGUCUCUCUGAUUCUCGCUGUUGCUUGCUUCGGCGUCAACUCUUCACCAUCCCCCCCCCCCCCCAACCUCCCGGGGGGGAGUCUCUCCUGCCGGCGGUUAGUCUCGCGUUCUCCUUUAUUCCAUGAUAAAGAACAAGCAGGCCUUAUUAUCCUAGACAUGUCCAAAAAUGGCUCAUCUGUUCAUCGAAGACCAGAGUGUGAAGAACUGGAAAUUUCCCACCUGCGCAUUCCCGGCCCAUCAAGAGGAUGAGAUACGAACUACAGUGCAAUGUCUAUCCCAGUGAAAAGAAAAGGGGUUGAGAUAGCACUAUACCAACGGCUGAGAUUCACCCUGAAUGAUACAGGACGACGUCGUUCCCAUUACUAUUACAUGACAUCGCCCAUCCUUUACAGUGGAUGAAACGACCCGACGGAGUAAUGGGGGAGAUGAAACGGACGGACAGAUUAAUAGGGAAGUGCACCGCGAUAUGCACUUGAUCUAGACGCCGUCUUCCCUCUUGCCUGCCACGGUGAUCGCCUUUUGGCGGGAAAGUGGAGGAAACCCUAGUCUCGACUCUUGACUCUCGAGUGCCUGGUUUUGCUUGCUGUUCAUCUCACAAAUUACUCUCUUUCGACGAUUCUGUAACAUUUGCUAAAUUAUAAUGAGCUGGAAUGUGGUUCAAGCUGCAAAUCGAUGCUCCACAAUUUGGAUCAUGUCCAUGAAUUCCUCAACUCAGCUUGGAGAGUUUGUUCUCUUGUAGGUGGUUGGGUUUCUAGCUUAAUAUCACAACCCUAUAGAGACUUGGAAAGAGGAGGUUAUUUAGAUUUCAUGGCUCAACUGGACUCUGUAUAUAUUAUUUCAUCGGAUGAUGACCAGGAGCUGGAGGAGACAGAAACCUCUAACUAUAGGAACCUCCCAAGAUGGGCUGCUGGAGGAAGUAAUGCUGGCUAUGGUGGAGGGCUUAAGCAGGGUAGUUCUUCUAAAUGGGAAAAUAAUUCUUCGAAUGCAAGCUCUUCAGGAGCUUAUAGUCAUUCACAGGUCAAGCACAGCGCUAAACCUUGGUCCAGCAACAAUAUGUCGAAUCGCAGAGUAGCACAAAGAGAUGAGUCUUUCAAUUCUUUAGAGAAUGGAAAAACAAACCAGCAUCAGACAGUUGUUUCACAAAUUGCUAAUGCUGGUGCUGAUUAUGGAAAAAUGCCAUGCCAACAAGCAUCAAAGAGGAUGCUUCCGUCAUAUCUUCAGCCAUCUACUGAAAAGCCUCUUCCAUCUCUCAAGUCAUUUUCACCAGAUACUCGGUCGAACAGUUUAAAAGAUAACAUGAGCAGUAGCCAGAUUCAUGAUACCCAUGGAAAUCAUCGUAAUGGGGCAAGUAGGAUUCUUCCUCCAACUUUGAUGCACGGAAGAAACACCUCUGUUUUGCAGUUGCCUAGUUCGAGUGAAUCUACAUAUCAUUCUGGAGCAGGCGAAGGAAGGGCUGCUGAAACUGAUGAAAGGCUAAUUUAUCAGGCAGCAUUGGAGGACCUCAAUCAGCCAAAGGUUGAAGCUACUUUACCUGAUGGUUUAUUGUCUGUAUCACUUUUGAGACAUCAGAAAAUUGCAUUGGCUUGGAUGCUUCAGAAGGAAAACAGAAGUUUGCAUUGUUUGGGAGGAAUUCUGGCUGAUGAUCAGGGCCUUGGAAAGACAAUUUCAAUGAUUGCCCUCAUACAAAUGCAGAGAUCAUUUCAGUCAAAAUCAAAAACAGAUGAGAUGUGCAAUCAUAAAGCUGAAGCAUUUAAUUUGGAUGAGGAUGAUGACAAUGAUAAGUGCGAUUGUACUGUAGAACACUCUAAAAAGAAUGAAGAAGUUGAUGGUUUAAAACCUUCUAAAUCAGUUAGUUCAUCUUCAAGAGAGGUGCUUGGGAGGAAAAGACCAGCUGCUGGUACACUGGUUGUCUGCCCUGCUAGUGUUCUCCGACAGUGGGCAAGGGAACUGGAAGACAAAGUUGGAGAUGAAGCUAAGCUCUCUGUGUUGGUUUAUCAUGGGGGUAAUAGGACAAAGGAUCCUGUUGAACUUGCUAAUUAUGAUGUUGUUCUCACAACAUAUUCUAUUGUGACUACUGAAGUUCCAAAGCAACCUUUAGUUGAAGAGGAUGAAAUUGACGAAAAAAAUGAAGAAAAAUUUUGGUUAUCCUCUGAGUUUUCUUUUGGUAAAAAGAGGAAAAAGACUCAUAACGGAAGUAAAAAGAAUAAAAAGGGUAAAAAGGGGAUUGACAGUUCCUUUGAUUGUGCUUCUGGCCCUCUAGCACAAGUGGGUUGGUUCAGGGUUAUUCUAGAUGAAGCUCAAAUGAUAAAGAAUCAUAGGACUCAGGUGGCUAGAGCUUGCUGCAGCCUUCGAGCCAAAAGAAGGUGGUGUUUAUCUGGUACACCAAUUCAAAAUACUGUAGAUGAUUUGUAUAGCUACUUCAGAUUCUUGAAGUAUGAUCCUUAUGCUGAAUACAAGUCUUUCUACAAUACAAUAAAGGUACCAAUAUCCAAAAAUUCUAUCCAGGGUUACAAGAAGCUUCAAGCUGUUUUGAGGGCUAUAAUGCUGCGUCGUACAAAAGGAACAUUGAUCGAUGGGGAGCCUAUAGUUAAUUUGCCCCCUAAAACAGUUCAGCUGAAUAAGGUGGAUUUCUCCAUUGAGGAGCGGGCCUUCUACACCAAGUUGGAAGCAGAUUCACGAACUCAAUUUAAGGCAUACGCUGCUGCUGGUACAGUCAAUCAAAACUAUGCAAACAUUCUUUUAAUGCUUUUACGCCUUCGUCAAGCUUGUGACCACCCAUUUCUUGUUAAAGAUCAUUGUUCUGAUGUUGUUGGGGGAAAUUCAGUUGAAAUGGCAAAAAUGCUUCCAAGGGAGAUGCUGAUUAACCUCUUUAAUUGCUUGGAAACCUCCUUUGCCAUAUGUGGUGUUUGCAGUGAUCCACCUGAAAAUCCAGUUGUUACUAUGUGUGGUCAUGUUUUCUGUUAUCAGUGUGUAUCAGAAUAUUUGACAGGUUACCAGAAUAUCUGCCCUGCAGUUGAUUGCAAAGAAAAAAUCGGUGAUGACGUUGUUUUCUCCAAAUCUACUUUAAGAAGCGGCAUAUCUGGUGGCCUUGGUGAUGCUAGUUCUGCAAGUUAUCAUCAUGUUGAUUAUUCAGUAGUACAGCAGGGAAAUUACAGUUCAUCUAAAAUCAAAGCAGUCCUUGAGAUUCUGCAGUUAUAUUGUAAAGUAAAGAAUCCAGGUUCUGACCAACCGAGUUCCUCAGGAUGCAGUAGAAAUUCAUCUUCUGAAACUUCAGAUGAUGAAGAUUUCUAUUCAGAAGUUAGUCCUACAAAACAUUCAAGAAAAUAUUCAGAGUGCUCAACUGAAGGGCCAAUAAAAGCUAUUGUAUUUUCCCAGUGGACUGGCAUGUUGGACUUAGUUGAACGUGCACUGGAAGAAUUCUCUAUUCCGUACAGGAGACUUGAUGGAACCAUGACGCUGGUUGCAAGAGAUAAAGCUGUUAAGGAUUUCACUGCUAAUCCUAAGGUAAUUGUCAUGCUGAUGUCUUUAAAAGCAGGAAACCUUGGUUUAAACAUGGCUGCUGCAUGUCAUGUUAUUCUUUUGGAUCUUUGGUGGAAUCCAACAACUGAAGAUCAAGCUGUUGAUCGAGCUCAUAGAAUUGGACAGAUCCGUCCUGUUACUGUGACACGGCUCACCAUAAAAGAUACAGUUGAGGAUAGAAUAUUGGCUCUCCAGGAAGAAAAGAGAAAAAUGGUUGCAUCUGCUUUUGGUGAAGAUCAAGGCGGGGGUUCUGCAGCUCGCCUUACAGUGGACGAUCUAAAAUAUCUUUUCAUGGUCUAAAAUACUCCUCAUUUUGAUUUAACAGCAACAUAUACCGGCUGCAUAUUUUGUUCCUGCUGACAUGUUUUGCUCAUAUUGGCUUGUGGGGUUUCGUUUAUCUUAGUUGUUGCCAAUAGGUUAUGACGCCCCCAAGGCCAUCUUUUGUACCUGUAACUGUGUAACUGUAACAUUCAUGCAGCGUAGGGCUGCCUGUAAAUAUUCCAAUGUUCAUCUGUGAAAUUUCUUCGUAGGCAA